AUGGAUAAGUCAACGGCCGCAGUGAACGGACCAGUUCAACUGGCCAUAAACGAUGAGGAUGAAAAUAACUAUUGCUUAACGUUACGUCGCCUGGCGGCAACAAAUGAAUUCUCAAAAAAAUCAGGAGCCAAAUGGAUCAUAAGAUGUCAUGCAUGUCAUGAGCCAUUGAGUCGUAUGAUGGCGUUCAAGGGAAGAUUGGUGUACACGUUGGGUAAUGUUUGGCAUCGAGAACACCUCAGAUGUGUUCGAUGUCAUUGUCGCGUUGGUCCUGGAGGACGCGACCUCAGGGCGCUUACUUCCAAUCAGAGUUUACCGUUGUGCAUUGAUUGUCAUAUGGAAGAAAAUCAUCCAAAAUGUGCUGGUAAGAAUGAUGUUCAAAAACACUCAAAGAGACAUGCGUUCGAGCGUUCGGCAAACAGUGGCAUCGUUGUUGUUUCGUAUGCACCAGAUGCCACUCCCCAUUUCCUGUCAAAAUCUUCGCAAAAAUUAGGAAUGAAUUCAGAUUUGAAGUUUUACAUAUUCAACGACAAACCGUACGAUACAAACUGCUACUACCUAACCAAAUACAAUUCGCUGCUGACAUCAACUGCGCAAGUGGUCUUUCUUGGUAUUUUUCUCACUAUUACAACGAUUUUAGCAACAUUUGACCAAAUAUUUACGAAUCUGCCAAGCGGCAGUGGACUCGAACCAGCCGCCAAUACAACAACAACAACUGUGCCUCCAAAUCAAAAAGCUUCUGCUGCAGUUAAUCAAGAUACAGACAGUAACAACAGUUCAAGCAGCAGUCCUCGCACGGCAACUUCGGGAACUUCGAUUGCAAACACCACAAUUGAAAGUUCAACUUCGACUGUUCCGAUUACAAAGUGA